AUGAUACACAGUAAAUACUAUUUUAUUGCCUUUGGUCUCAUUGUUGGAACAGAAAUACUAUAUAGGUGUAUGCAAUAUAUUGUUAAAAGAAAAACAAGAAAAGCAGAUACCAUGCAGAAGAAAAAUUACACAAAAGUAAUUUUUUUUCCAGAUAAGGGUAUAACCUCAAAUGGUGUUUAUCAGUGUGUAAAACCAGUUUCAAUAUCAUGGCAAGACCCAUCUCUUCAAAUGCUAAUGCAUAGAAAUAAUGUCAUGAAAAAUAAUGAUAUGCAUAAACAGGUUGUAGCAACAGAAGGAAAAAAGUCUUCCCUUCAGGGAGAUGCCAAGAUGGAGGUUGAUCAGAUGGAAGUGAAUGGACUGGAGAUGGAAAUAAGGGAUGAAUUGCCCUGUGAGAAAAUGAUUGAGAAUCCAUUUCUUGUACCAAAAGCUUUUCAAAAACAGGUGAAAAACAAGAUGAAACAUAAAGAACACUUAACAAUAUCUUGUAAUAAAGAAAAUGUUUUGUGCUAUCAGGAAAAUUCAUCAGAAGAGAGUUGCAGUACUAACCUCAGUGAAAAUCCAUUUGGUUAUCCAGUUCAACCGAGAGGAAAUUCCUUCUUCAAUCGGGAAAAACAAGAAAAAAAGUUUAACUCUUACAGUGAACAUGAAGAAGGUGAAUACAAAAAAUAUCUGAACCCAUUUCACAUUGAUGGAAGACAGCAGAUUACUAGAAAUGUCAAGAAUGAACAUUUUAUCUCGGGAGUUUUGAGAAGAAGUACAUCUCUUGUUCACAUGGUAAAUGCCAUCUUGUCAGCCAAGAAAUCAGUGGUAAUAUGUGUGUAUGUUUUUACAUGCAAGGUGCUAGCAGAUGCAGUCAUUAAAGUUAAGCAACGUGGUGUGAGUGUACGUGUACUGGUGGAAAAUCAAAUGAUCAAUUCUAGUAUGGAAGUUAUAAAACUGCUUCAAAGCCAUAACAUCCUUGUAUGGUGCAGUCAGUCCACAUUUCUGAUGCACCACAAAUUUGCUGUGAUUGAUGGCCCAUUGCAGAAUGAAAUACAAGGAGUUAGGAAGAUUGAGCCUUUAGGCUUCAGAACUCAAACAGUUAAGAAGAAGGAGAUAUUCUGUCUUUCUGGGCUGAUUCGUAAAAGAAUGACAAAUGACCAGGAUGGCCAAAGAAGAUCCAGUUCCAAAGUCUCAAAGGAUGUGAAAAAUGGCAGAUCAGACUGGGCUGAAGAUGGUGUGCUGAUGAAUGGAUCAUUUAAUUGGACCUGGGGAGCAGUAGUAGGUAAUAAUGAGAAUGUUGUAAUCACAAAUGAACCGGAAUUAGUAUGGCAUUUUGCUGGAGAAUUUGAGAAUAUGUGGAAAGCAGCUGGAGCUCCAACUCAGAAUGAUGUGAGAAUUAGGAAAUAGAUGCUGCUAUAUAUUAAAUUUCUGUUCACAAAGAAAAUCACCCAAACAGGAAUUUUGCAUUCCUAAUGGAUUAAUGCUGUAAAUAAAUUUACUUUUCAAAUCCUGUUCACAUCCACUAUUGCAAUUUUAGAAGUUUUGACAGCUUUGUGUAGGUGUUCUUGAAAUUUGUUUGUUAGUUUGAUUUGAUUUGCCGUGAAAAAAGUUUAUUGGUAGACAAUUUAAUACUUUAUUUAUUCCUAAGAAUUUUUUUUGGUAAACAACUUAUGGUGAAAUAAUUACCUGACAAUAUUUUUUUGGCAAUGUACAAUUUUGCCAUUUUGUUUUUUUGUAUUUUUUUUGUAAAUAUAUAUACCAAGAAGUA